AUGUUUAUCACGGAUGGGAUCUUUGCACAUCACUGGUUCUUUUCACGAGAGGCGGAAUAUUCGCCGGCACUCUGCAAAGGCGUGAUCAAAUUUCUUUGUGACGUUCUUGAAGCCGACUGCAACACUAAGAUUCGCAGUGAAAGCAUGUGCGAUUUGUGCCCUGCUCUAAAGUACUUCGAAGGUCAAGAAGUUACGUGCUGGUCUUGGGAACAAGUGAUGAGGCUGUCAGUCUUGUUCACGACCACAAAGUGGGAAGAACUGUUGCGGUGUUCUGAGUGUUUGCAACAGGAUGUCAUAGAAAAGAUCCUUGAGAUGUUCCAGUCGUGCUCGAUGGAAGAAACCCCUGAUGAGGAUGCGCUUGCUAUCGUUGAAAGGAUGUUGUUGCCUCGAUUGAAGGAACGCUCCACUGAAGUUAUA